AUGCUUAUCGGUCUCUUAACAAUAGCACUCUCAUCUGUUUUAACAGGUAAUAAUGCACAUCCUACUUCAAAUAUUCCAGCUCAUGUACGAACAACAACAUCGAUUAACGCUAGUAUUUGGAUGCAACAACUUCUUCCUUAUAUUGCUCAUUAUCACUUAAUUAACUUGACUUUACCCGGCACACAUGAUGCUGCAUCAUUCACCCUUACCUCAGCUUUAUCUCCUGAUCCCACUGGAAGUCCAGUGCUCGAUGCCCUGGUAAAACUAGCAGAGGAAUUCGGAAUACCGUUGCAAGAUGUGAUUACACCAUGGGCAGAAUCGCAAGGAAAGAAUUUAUACGAUCAAGCGGAAGAUGGCAUGCGUUAUUUUGAUAUUCGCGCUGCGUACAAUGGUACAGAUUGGUGUUCAUAUCAUUUCGAACUCGGUUUACCUAUUUACACUCAUCUGGUUGCAUUACAUUCGUUUCUAUUAUUACAUCCAAAUGAAAUUAUGGUCAUUGAAAUUUCGCAUCUCGCCAGCAAGAAUUUAACACAGGACAAUUUGAACGUCUUGAGAGACAUGGUUAUCAACCUAUUCGAUUCGAUGUUAUAUCCACGAACGAAAAGUUUCAAUAGCACAACUAUCGGUGAAAUGAUUGCCAGUAAUCAACGCGUUGUGAUUAGUUUAAGUGACGAUGCUACGAUUGCCAAUUAUACUCAACUAUGAAGAGGUGUUCCCAUUACUCUGCGCGCUUUAACUGGUUCAGAAGUGUUCAUAUUCGAUCGUAGAUUAGUAUACAAUGCUUUAGCAGACAUUCCUAAUGCCGCACGACCUCAUAAGAUAACAUCACAAUCAUCCCAAGAGUCCAUGUCAAUGCACAGUGCACCCUAUCCGGUAGUACAAUAUUCAGCGUUUCGUCAAAACAUACCAGACUACAAUGCAGCAUUUUAA